GUACGCUGGAGACCGAAAUUAUCCCGGAUUUCUGAAUUAUCUGGAAAUAGUCUAAACGUAUACUUGAAAUAAAUUAUGAAAACUAAAAAAACUAAAUUAUAUUCAACAUUCAAACAAAUACACAUCUAAAGCUGGGUCUGUCUGAUAUUUAUUAAUCCAUUUAGAAUUGAUAAAAUAUAUCACACUGUACCAUGUAUAUAGUAUAAUGUCAAUAGGAUGAAAAUUAAAUGAAGAAAAAUUAAGAACAUGAUUUUAUUAAAAGAUACAAGUACAAAUUAAUACACUUGUAAAGCAGAGUGUGUUUAAUCGUUAGCACUUCAAUAGAAAACUAUCUCAUUACACUGUAUGUAAAUUAAGCAACUUCAAAAACAGGCUCGCUUUACUCAAUACAGGGUACAGUAUAUUGUACAGUAUUUCCCGGAUUUUUGGAAGCUAAAUAAGAGGUCCGAUACUGCAUUACAUUAGAAAGAGAAAAUAUCGUUUUUUCCUUUUCUAAAACGAAUCAUCUUACAAAAGAAUGACAUUCCUAGCAAAAUGCGCUACACUACAGAAUCUAUUAAAAUAAUUAUACUUAAUUUACUCUGUCGUUAGAAAUAACCCUUUCUUUUUUUAAAUAUCGAACCCUUGAUGUGGAAUGAAAGAGAAAGAAAAUAAUAAUAGGAGAAGCAUCAACUCGUUGGACAUAAUGUUUAAUGUUGUAAGCGGUCUUCAAUAAUAUUUCCACAUGGUUCAAUGUAAACUACAACUUUCAGUGACAGAAUGGCAUUAAGGUAUCUUUUCAGUCAGAUGUCAUUGCAUUGCAACAGAACUAGUCCUCUAUUGCAGUUUAUGUUUCAAGCCCUUCCAAGAGGGAGUAAAAAGUAUGCACUUGAACAUCUUUCGGGUGUGCGUCUUUGUGCACAGCUACCAGCGCCAUCAGUUACAGACAUUAAAGACACUCAGAAGGCAAAUUCAAGUGCAAGUGCAGCAGAGAAAAUUAAAAACUUUGAUGAAGAGACGAAGAAGAAAUUGAAAAUUUUACAACUUGAGUAUGAAGUCAUGAAACAGCUUGGAUCUUUUAGAAUUCCAGACAACAUGACUGAUGAGCUUUGGUUGGAGAUGCUUACUUUCCCAACAGUCAGUGCCCGGAAAAGAUAUUAUCGUUACCUAAAAAAAAUUGAGGCUGCAAAACUCGGAAGACAAUUGAAGAGACAGCAGAAGCUUGAAAACAGACAGAUUAAAGAACAAGACGAACCUAGCCAGUCAAAAAAUACGAUUUUUUUGUUUAUUCGCAAAUCUACCAUGAACUCAUUCUAUUACUCACGGUUAGCCCAUGCUAUGAUGUUUGGCCAACCAAUUAUCAUUGAUAUGAGCUUUGAGAAGUACAUGAGAAAGCAAGAUGUUCAUCGACUUUGCGAACAGUUUCUUAUGGGUUAUGGAUCAAACAAGGUCCACCCAAAUCCUUUCCAUUUUGUAUUAAGCGGCAACCAAUCCAAUAGCAUGUUUCAAAAUUGCCUGGACAAUACUAGAGUCAACAAAGAUGAAGAGGAGCAUUUUCUGAUGACCAACAGUGACCAACACUAUCUGAACCUUUACCCAAAGGAGAAACUGGUGUAUCUAACGCCUGAUGCUCCGUCAGUCUUGCAGUCUUUUGACCAUGACGCCAUCUACAUUGUUGGCGGACUAGUAGAUAAAAUUGUUUCAAAACCAUUAACAAUGGCAAAAGCCAAAAAAGAGAAGCUAAAAAUGGCUAAGCUGCCCCUUGAUAACUAUGUCAGGUGGGGAUGUGGCAACAAAUCUCUGACUCUGAACCAGGUAGUUGAUAUCCUUCUGGAAGUAAAGAAGGGUAGUAGCUGGACUGAAGCCUUUCGGCAUAUUCCUCAGAGAAAAAUCCGUCAUCUGUUUAAAGACCGAGCUUUUACCAAAUGAUUGUAGGUUGUCACAUCACCAAAUUCUUUACACAUCCAAAUUUUAUUGAUCUUUGUUAACCUUUAGUCAUGGAGAAAGUAAAUUAAUCAUUCUUAUCAAGAUAGUUCGCUUUUUUUUUUUUUUUUUUUUUACACUUUAUCGUCAAUACUUGUGUUCCUGCUAACUAUGGGCAAAAUUUAGAGCUUUUCUGAAGAAUCAAUCUUCAGGUGCAGGCAUGGCUGUGUGGUUAAGAAGCUCACUUAGUAACCAUGUAGUUUUGAGUUCUGUCCCACUGCAUGGCACCUUGGUCAAGAAUCUUCCCCAUUAGCUCAGACCAACCAGUGCCUUGUGAGUGACUUUGGUAAAUGGAAACUGUGUGGAAGCCUGUCCUGUGUGUGUGUCUCUCUGUUUAUGUUUGUUCCCCUACCACCAUUUGACAACCAGUGUUGGUUUGUUUACAACCCUAUUACUUAGCUCUACAGAAUAAGUACCAGACUUUUUAAAAAACAUACUGGGGUUGAUUUGAUCAACUGAACCUAACAAGGUGGCACUCCCCUAAGAUUGUUCAUGAAAAUGUAACUAUGGAAAAGCCUUUCAAAUGGUAAGUAAAACAACAAAAAAACGUGUGUGAUUAUAUUGAUAAAACAAAUCUUGUUUACAAUAAUUUAUACAAAAUUUUGUUGCUGCACUCUAUCAUCAUCGUUUAAUCUCCACUUACCAUGCUGGCAUGAGAUGGACUGUUUGGCUGGAAACUGGAAAGCCAGCAGGGCUGCACCAGGUUUUUUUAAAACUGAGAAAUGAACCCUGCGAGGUGGGGUUAGCUGUUACAGCAAGUGUUGCAGGCACAGCUAAGCACACCAUUCAGACUGGAGUGUGCAUUACUUUUCUUUUUCUGUGUUUCCUUGUUGAAGUAAUUCUAAGCUUUUUUUUUUUCUCUCGAUAAUUUAAUCUUUUAUAUUUCAAAUUUUUUUCUUUCUUUUCUUUCUGUAAAAAUAUUUUUGCUAAAUAAAAAUUUUGUUGUUACUGA